AUGUCGAACGAAGCGAUCGUUCAUGCUUACAGACAUGUCCUCCGCCACAGCUUGAGGGCCAUACAGUUUUCCAAGCCUGCACGCUUCACUCUGCGCGACCGACUCCGCGCAGCCUUUCGCAAGGGCUCUACCCACGACUUUGAUCAGCAAAAGAUUACAAACACGCUCGAAUUUCUGAAGUACGCUGCGAAACAGAAUGGCUUGGAACAUAAGAUUGUGAAAAACCUCUUGUAUGUCUGGUGGAAUCAAGACAAGGGCGGUCGCUCGAAGGCAAAGACCAAGAUUCGGUGGGUACUGUUUGUUGCGCGCAAUGCUUCACCAAGUGCUGACCAGAGCAGCACCCGUGAAGAACUCGAGAUCCGCACCACUGCCUACGACACCUUCAACCAUAACAUUCGUAUGCUCAACGAAAGUAUGGAGAUCUGCAUUCCAUCCAUGACUUCGCGAGAACCCUUCGGCCACUGA